CACAGACCAGGUGAAAGGUGUGUUGACGCUGCAGGGAGAUGCCCUGUGUCAAGCUGAUGUUAAUCUGAAAAUGCCCAGAAAUAAUCAGCUCCUGCACUUUGCAUUUCGGGAAGACAAGCAGUGGAAAUUGCAGCAGAUCCAGGAUGCUAGAAACCAUGUUAACCAAGCCAUUUACCUGCUUAUGAACAGAGAUGUAAACUACCAGUUCAAAACAGGCUCAGAGGUUCUCAAGCUUAUGGAUGCUGUGAUGUUACAGCUCUCAAGAGCCCGAAAUCGGCUUACCACUCCAGCCACUCUGACUCUACCAGAGAUUGCCUCCAGUGGUCUCACAAAAAUGUUCACCCCUGCUCUGCCUCCAGACAUCCUUGUGAAUUUCUAUAUUAACCUGAAUAAGCUGUGCCUGACUGUCUACCAACUCCAUGUGCUGCAGCCCAGCACGACAAAGAACUUCAAGCCUGCUGGAGGGUCCAUUUUACACAACCCUGGGGCCAUGUUUGAGUUUGGCAACCAGCGGUAUGAAGUCAGCCAUGUCCAUAAAGUGGAAUGUGUUGUCCCAUGGUUAAAUGAUGCCCUUGUCUUCUUCACAGUUUCACUGCAGCUUUGCCAGCAACUGAAGGACAAGAUCUCUGUUUUCUCCAGUUACUGGAACUACAGGCCAUAUUAAUUCUCUGUGGAGUGUCCAAGCCCUUACAGUACUUCCAGUGUCUCUCUGUUUUCAGCAUGCCAGCAGAGUCCAGGUCAGCCUGAGGAGUGCUGUGGUUCACUACCAUGUGGCCCUCCACAGGGUAGGGUCAGUGUAUCCAGAGAGACAACUUUAGUAGCCUUGUCUGGGACUGCUGCGUAAGCAGGGCUCUAAGCAAUGCUGUGUGGUUGGCAGGAGCUUCCACCUGUCUUUGUUUUCAUGUGCGUUGUGUGGCU